CAUGUGUGCGAGGUCUUAUAAAUACAAUAUCCCCAUUGUAUACCAAAUAAGAAGUGCAUUGCAGCGUUGGGCGUGUGCCGGCUGUUUAAAGUUUCGAUAAAAUGACCCUCCCCCUCUUCCUUACUUCCCUCUUUCCCACCCGGCGCCCAUGAUCAAGAAAGCGGCUGCUCGAUUUCGUGCGAACCGCGAUUCAACUUUUUCAAUCGCGUUUCGGCUUCGCGAACGGCAAAUACGCAACGCAACCGUUGAACCUGCUGUCAUAUUUGACACGUGUGUCAUCAACGGCUGUUCCGUCUGUCAUCAACACCGACACCGGUUAUUUCCACGUAAAAAUUGCUAUUUAAAAAGAAAGCUUCGUGCUGUGAAGUGAUACAAAAAAUCCGCAAACAUGAGCUCCGCUUCCACUGAGCCAAAGACCUGCCACCAAUGCAAACAAACCAUCUCCGGAGGUGUGCUGACAGCUCUAGACAAGUCCUGGCAUCCCGACCAUUUUUGCUGCAACGAAUGCAAAAAGCCAAUAACCGAAAGCAAAUUCCAUACUAACGACGACCAGCCCUACUGUACCCCUUGCCAUACUAAGCUUUUCGCUAAAACCUGCCAUGAUUGCAAAGAGCCCAUUCUUGAUAAAUGCGUCCAGGCAAUGGGCGUCAACUGGCACGAGGAUCACUUCCUGUGCCAGGAUUGCAAGUCCAAGCUGAUCGGCACCCAGUUCAUGGAAGUGGGCGGUGUCCCGUACUGCCAGAAGUGCUACCUAUCCAAGCAUGCUGACAGAUGCAAGGGGUGCAGCAAACCCAUUGCUGAUAAGGCCAUCGUAGCCCUGGAUGCCAAGUGGCACCAGAUGUGCUUUAGGUGCUCGAAAUGCGAGAAGCCCAUAAUGAAGGACCAAUCAUUCCAAGUGGACGGCGGAAAGCCGCAUUGCGUGAAAUGCUAGACGAAGACACAGAAGUUUCCUCGCAUAUCCACCUAGGGUUUCAGCGCUAGAUUCUUAACAUCACAACAUACUCGGCGACAUUUUUUUGUGCUAGACGAUAUGUCGAACCUAUACAAUAUAAUUAUUAUACACAGUCAUUAUGUUUGUUAAUUAUUGUUAUUUUUAUAUAAAAUUGUGUAUUAAUUUAUAAAUAUAUACAUUUGUGUACGAUGUACUUAUAUAUUUGUAAAGCUUGGCUUUAUAAUAAAUUAUUUUAUUUUUUGGCUUAUCAA